AUGACACGAAGGACCCAAACGUUUGAUGAUUACGGCUCUGCCGUUGGCGAGAUCAUCUUGGCCUCUUCCGACAUAGACUUCCUCGACCAACUCAUCCCGCUUCUCAAAGAUGCCAGCACCAGCAAUCGAACCAGCUCCCUGGCCCAGAGUCUCAACCGCUACGCCGAGGACCGCGAGGCCGAGAUCGAGAACAUUGGUUUGACGAAGCAUGAGGAGUUCCUGGGCUCCGUCACCCAGCUCCAAAAGGUCCGCGAGGGUACCAUCAACCUGACGGCGGAGAUUCUCGAGUUGAACCAGUCCAUACAGUCGAGCACUCAGGAGCUGGCCGAGCAGAAGCAGAAACUGGUUGACAAAAGGGCCAUCCGACAAAACGUGGCCGAUGCCUCUGAUGCGCUGAACGGCUCUCUCAAGAUACUGCACGCAGUCAACAACGCGCACGAGCUGAUACGGAAGAAGAGAUACUAUGCAGCACUGAAAUCGCUCGAGGACCUGCAGAACGAGCAUCUGAUCCCAAUAAUACAGAACAAGUAUGCCACGCAGCAGCAGCUAGCAGACAUGAUCCAGAAGUCCAUUCCAACCUCCCAGAAAUCAAUAGGCGAUGCUGUCAUGAACGACUUGAAUACGUGGCUCUUUCGCAUCCGUGAGACCUCACAGUUCCUAGGUGAGGUGACGUUCUAUCACACAGAGAUGAGGCGAUCGAAGCACAAGGAGCGAUCGGACAACAACGAGACCCUCAGCAGCUUCAAGCUGAAUUCCGCAAUCGAACUUGUCUAUGACGAAGCCGAAGAGUUUGACGUUCUCGACAACGAGGAGCUUCAGGUGGACUUCCAGCCCUUGUUUGAGUGCUUGCACAUCCACCAAGCUCUCGGUCGGAGUGACAAACUUCGUGCAGACUAUGCCGCAACAAGGCGGCAGCAAAAGGAUCUUUUGAUACCGACCGCGAUCCACGUGGACGGCGACGAAGAACCUUCUCUCAACAGCUUACUGGAAGGCAUUGCGGGUUUCGCCGUCAUCGAGAAGGCAACGAUGCGGCGUGUGCCCCAGUUGCGGUCUGCUGUGGACGUGGAAGAGCUUUGGGACUCCAUGUGCACUUCCGCAAUCACCCUCACAUCCCGUUGCCUGAGCAGCAUUACCAAUGCGGAGGUGUUGCUUAAGAUCAAAUCCGUCUACGCGCUUUUCAUCCAAUCCAUGGAAGGCUGGGGUUAUACUGUCACCAUGCUGGAUAACUUCCUGCUCACGCUGUUCGACACCUACGCCGACUUGCUGAAACGCCGGUUCAGUGAGGACUUCCAAGAGAUAGUUUCAACGGAUGACUACAUGCCGAUGGCGAUCAAUAGCGCCGAGGAAUACGAAAAAGUCGUCAACGUUAGCUGGUUCACCCAGGACACGCCGGUCGAGGAGCUGACCUUCCCAUGCGUCCUACCAUUCUCGCAAAUGUACCCGUUGUGCUGCAUCGAUAUAAGGAACUUCCUGAAUCAAUUCUAUUUCUUUGCCGAUGACCACUUCCAACACCCCAACGUUAUUGACGACACAUUGAGAAGGUCCCUGGAUGAGCUCUUGACGCAGAAGGUGUGCCAGUCUUUAGUUGAACGGCUGAGCUCCCAAUACCUGGGUCAAAUAGUUCAGAUUCUCAUCAACUUGGAGCACUUCGAGAUCGCCUGUCAGGAAUUGGAGCAGCUACUAAUCAGGGCUCGAUCUUCCACGUCAGCCGGUGGGCCUGUGACUCUGAGCGCCACCGAGCAGUUUAGGAACAACAAGAAGACAGCCGAGAAGCGAAUCUUCGAGCUGGUCAACUCAAAGAUCGACGACCUCGUGGACACGGCGGAAUAUGACUGGAUGUCAACAACUGCUGCAACGGAGCCGAGCAACUACAUUCAGACACUGACUAGGUACUUGUCUAAUAUCAUGAACUCGACCCUGCUCGGCCUCCCUCGGGAAAUCAAGGAGCUCAUCUACUACGACGCCCUCAACCAUGCCGCCGAGAGGAUCCUGGCCUUGCCCCUCCAGCCCGAGGUCAAGACCAUCAACCCCAACGGCGUGGCCGCCAUGGCGAUGGACGUGCAGUGCCUGGUCGAGUUCGUCCAGGGGCUCGAGAACUCGUUCAUGCUCAUGCAGAUCCUGCAGGAGCUCGAGCAGACGGUCAAGCUGAUGCAGGCCGAGAACGCCGACGACUUCUACGACAUCUCGGUGCGGAACAGGAACUACGGCUCCGUCAACGCCAUGAAUGGGCCGGUGCUCCUCGAGAAGCUCACCCACACGGUCGAGGCGCCGAACCGUGCCGCAGCCACGAUGGCAAAUUUCUCGUCGCGGUUCGGUUUCAAGAGCUGA